UUGGAAAAGAAGCGCGAGAGAAAGAAAUGUCCGCCCCGGGUUUGUUUACAAAACUUUAUCAAGUUUAGCGAGGAUGUCGUUGUUGAAGCCUUUUAGUAAACUCCCUGGUCUGAACACAGCGAACAUCUUGCUGGUGGAGAGUGAGGAGCAAUUUCAGCAGAGUUUAGCAGAUGUUCUGGUGGAGGAGACUAGUGUCACCGUGAACGUGAGACUAGCUAAGAGCCUUCCUUUGCCCAUGGAGAAUGAUGAGAGCCGUCCCAGAAUAGACUUGGUUGUGUUCAUCAUCAACCUAACCUCAGAGCUCAGUUUCCAGUCAGCAGAAGCGUCCCUGAAAUAUUUGGACCCGGGAUAUUUCCUUGGAAAAGUUUGCUUCAUGGUUACGAAUGCUCGUAACGCUUCCGCCCCCGCUGAGCGCCUGGAUGCUGUCAGGAAGCUGGCUGCGUCGCUCCACUGUCCCCUGUUGUUUGCGGAGGAUCAGACUCCAGAUGGAGUGGCCAGUGCUACAGAGAGGCUGCUGACUAUCCUCAAGGUGGCCGCCGGCCUCGUUCCUAUUGCCACUGCUCUCUACGUGUCUAACCUGACUCGGUGCACGCUUCCCCUGGACAUCGAUCAGCCGAGCUUUGAUUAGGUCCUCUGACUGAUUCCUUUAAAGUGAUAACUUCCUCUACUUUAUCAUGUUUAUAUUUAUUUGUAGAAGUUGUUAAUGUCGACAGUUACACGUCUGCUUUUUCAAAUAAAUGUUACCAGGUGUAUA